AUGAUAUUGGAAUAUUGUGAUGGUAACCUCGAUGAUUUCAUAAAUUGGAACAUUAGGCAACAUACAAAGGUCUCUGAAAGAAGAUCGUGGGAGAUCUUUCACUGCCUUGCUCGGAGUCUACUUAUCAUGAAACACGGUACCGAAAAUCCGGCUGAUUACCGUCGACAAUAUGACCCUAGGGAGAACGAUCUCAACAUUGUCCAUUUUGAUCUCAAUCCACAAAAUAUUUACAUCAAGAAGUUCCCGCAUCCAACAAAUUCAAGAGAUAGAGGCUACGUGCCUGGUUCUUUUCGACGAGCGGCUAAAAUUAAGAUUCCUCAGAAUGAAGGAUACCAUCGAAAACAUUGUAAUUUAGGAAAUGUCAAUUCACGUGCCCCAGAACAAUUACGCGCGCGCGAUACGAGGGACACAAGACCAUGGUUGCAAAGUCGGUUCACUCAUCACAAGGCUGGAAAAGAUAAUACACUUCAAUCGGUCGUCUAUACAUCGAAAACGAAUGUCUGGCAAGUUGGUCUGAUAAUGUUCUGUAUAAUUCACUGUAAGACAUCGGUGAAUUGGAACGAUCUUGAAGCAAAAAGAAGUCAUGGUACACCUAGACUAGUUAAUGGAGGGCCUACUAUAAUGAGUAAAACCCAUGGAUGGGAGAGGAUGAACAGGGAUCUGGGACUUCCAUACAGUCGAAGCUUGCUAUAUGCUAUCUACGAAUGUCUCUUGAUUGAGCCCUCGAACAGACCAGAUGUUGCAACGUUGUUUGAAAUCACAAGAGCUGGCCUUUCUCAGGCUAACAUUGAAGCUGGCUUUCCUCCACCAGAUCCGGCGGCCGCUCAGCCAGCCGCUCAACCGGCACCAGAGCCAGCAGCAGCAGCACCCGCUCCUCUUGCUCCCCGGCAAGCACCUCUUCCAGCAGCUCCUCUCGAGGAAAUACGUCCUCGAGCCGCUCCUCAAAGGGCUCCCGUUUUCGCAAAUCCAGAAUUGGACCUUGACGCCGGACCACCAGAACCCCGUCUAGUACCUCCACCAGCACCUCUACAGCAACUUCAUCAUCCUCCAGCCCCCAAUCAACAAGCAGCAGAACCAGCACCAGCACCUCCACAACAAGUACAACCCGACCGCCGCAACGUAAAUCGAGCCGAAAUUCCUGAUCCCCGAGCAGUAGCACACGCCGAGGCGGACGAGCAUCUUCCAGCCUACUAG